GCGGAGCUCCUGGAGAGGUCUAGGGGCCGAUGGAGGAACACGUUCCUCUUCCGAGCAGUGGCAAGCAAGACGGCGACUACGAGGAGUUUUCUGUUACUGUGGCUGGCUGUUUGUGGUGGUAGCAAUCAGUGCGUGAGACCCCUGGACGGCGCGAUGGCCCAGAACUUCUGGUCUGAAGUUCCAAAUUGGGACGGUGACCCAAACUCCUUCGAGCGCUUCGCCAUUGCUUGCAAGUGGUAUUCUUUUGGGCUGAAAGAUAACGAGAGGCACCUGGCGGCAGCGCGGAUCUGGAAUAAACUCACGGGACCUGCCAAGGGAGUGGUGAGAAACCUCUCCCCGGAAGAGUUCGCGGGCCAGGACGGGGUGACUAAGCUUCUCGAAGUUCUUCGCGACAGCCCGCUCAGAAGCUGCCCAUUCCGGACAGCUUUGCGAGACUGGAGAAAUGGUCAAACUUUGGCAGGAAAAGGAAGGGGACCAGCCGGUGGUGCCACCGAAGAGAAGGCCGAGAACAUGGAGGCGGAAGUGCACUACGGGAAUGGAUGGGAGGACCCGUGGUACACGGGCUCGACCUAUUACCAGGGCCCCUCCGAGGUGUUUGCCGAGGACCUUGGUGCUUUCGACCAGCACCCCGACUAUGCCACCGAACAGGCCUACUACGACGAGGCCUCCGAUUACCAGGGCGACCUGAUCCACCACGACCAGGCCUACGAUCCCUACUCAUAUGAGGACCCGACCUACCUGGCCGAGAACACCGAGGAAGUGAUACCGGAGGACGAGGCAAACUUGAUGAACGAGGAGAAGGAAGCCCAUGCCAUUGCCCAAGAAGCCGGGGGAACAUUGGCACAGGCCCGAGCUGCUGUUGCAAAGGCUCGGGCUGCUCGUGGUUACUACCCUCUUGGUGGCAAGGAGACCUCGGGCAAAGGCAAGGGCGCCCAACAAAAGGGCAAGCAGCCAGGAUGUGCCGGUGCCUGCCGAGACCUUCGUGCUGUCGGUGGGCGACGCGGCGACCAACACGUCCUCCCAGGUGAUUGUCGGACACCGGGGCCGUACUAUGUGUCGGAAGAGUUCAACUACUUCCUGGGACGCUCUGGAGUGGGACACCUGGUGUCCCCGGCCGAAGCCCACUGGAUGAUGGGGCCCGAAGAAAGACUGAUUCGCAAGCUGAAGUCGACAGCCGAACGUUUUUUGCGAGAAAUCAGCUCUGUGACCCCUGAAGACGCCUUUCGGUUGGCCGUGGCCCACAACAACACCAUACAGCCGAACACCGGUUUUGCACCUUUUCAGUGGAGCCGCGGCGGCCUGGUGGAAAGCAUCCCCGUGGGCAUUGACCCGGCCAAAGCCUUUGACAAGCUGCUCAAGCAACGAGAGACAGCCGGGAUUGCCUAUCGGAAAGCCCUGGCCGCCGAGCACCUGAGCAAGCUCAACAAUUCUGUGGGCCGGCCAAGGACGAGCUAUGAAGCCGGGUCUUUAGUAUGCUCUGGAGAAACCGAAAGAACGCUGGAAAAGGAGCUUCGUGGUUUGCGAGGUCGGUUCUACGAGGACUUGGCGGGCGACAACCCUCACGCGGAGGCGCGCGAGGACACCGGCCAAGGACAGACCAUGCCCAUAGGCCAAGACGAGCUGACGGGCGAGCGGGUGACCUUCGUGAGGACCACCGGGAAUGCCCAGGCAAUCCAGGACAACCUCAAUGACGAGAACCCCGGCCGAUGCCUCCCCGAGCAGUGGACCGGCGAGACACAUUUCCGCAUAAAGGAAAGCCACCCGCAAGGAAGACUUGGUGCAGGGAAAAGCGGCGAGCCUGCUUCUCUGGAUGGCAAAUUGGUGCCUGACACUCCACGUGGUGGUCCCCCCGAACCUGAACCUUCUGCCGGGUGUCCUGUGCACGAGUGUGUUCUACCUGGAGGGCAUCAACUACCUCACCGCGAUGCUGGCGGGAAUGACAUUGCUUAUGACCGCCGCACCGACACGAAGAUCCCCGUGGAGGAGUCCGGCGACGAGACGGAGGAGAUCAGCUCCUCCUCUUCUGGGUCUGAACUUGAAGCUGACGAAGGAGGACAACCACGAGCCAAGCGCCCUAAACCGGCGGCUCCGGACCCAGAUGCCUCCAUUGGCUACGUGUUCGAAAUCGACAUGGGUGGCCGUGAGUGGAAAGCCCUGACCUCCCGGCCGAAGAGAGCUCAUGUGUGGAUGAGCAAACACCUCAUGGAAAAGAGCCGGGAACACAACUGGAAAGAGUUGUCGCACCAGCAGAAGGAAGAGUUUGAUCUUGCUCAAGCAAAAGAAAUAGACAAUGUGAUCAAGACGGCAGCCCUUAGAUCACUGAUGAAAAGUGAGCUGGCAAACGUCUCCUAUGACAGAGUGAUGAAGAUGAGGUGGGUGUUAACCACGAAAUCUUCAGGGGCUGCCAAAGCAAGGCUGGUUAUCUUAGGAUAUCAGUCACCGACCCUGUUGACAACGCAGAGUUCAUCACCUACGCUUUCCCGUUUGGGAAAAUUUCUUCUUCUUUCUGCAGUUGCAAAUAACCGCUGGAUGUUGGAAUCAGCGGAUGUGACGAGCGCGUUUUUGCAGGCGAUGGCCAGUCUUGAGAAAGACGAACUUUACGUGUUCGCCCCUGCCGAACUUGUGGCAGCCUUCAGCAGCGACGGCAAGGACGACACCACGAUCCUCAAGGUCGUUCGCGCCUUCUACGGCCUGGUGGACAGCCCGAGACGAUGGCAUGAGACUGUCACCAAGGUGCUGAAGGAACAAGGCUGGCGCCCCCUCCAGGCCGACCGCUGUUGCUAUGUCCUGUUCGACGAGGAUCCGAGGCAAGGACAACGUGGUGCGGGGAGGGAGCAAACGGAAAGCUUGACAAACUGGAAAAGUGUAAACAACUCACACUGUGUUUUACGGAAGAUUUACGCUCUUCCCAAGUGA